AUGGAAAAAAUAUCACCAGAAAUAUUAGCUGCAAGAGCUAAACUAAAAGAAAAGAUGGGAGGUAACCUAAGACAAAUAGGUGGUAAAGGUAGUGCUAGAAGAAAGAUAAAGAAAGUACACAAAAAUUCAAUAUCGAAUGAAAAGAAAAUCAAUAUCAUUUUAAAAAAAAUAGGUGCUUCUUAUUUCGGUGAUGUAGAUGAAAUAUGUGUUUAUAGAACAGGAGAUACUUUCUUAGAAUUUAAAAAGCCAAAACUUUGUGCAUCCUUACAAUCUAAUACAUAUAUUGUUACUGGUAAAUUUAAUGAACACAAAAUAGAUAUAAACAAACUUUUUGAAGGAUUAAAAGGAAAUAAAAAUUUAGAUAUGAACCUUCUUGAAAAAAUUAAAAAUGAUCCAAACAUAAAAAAUAUUUUAAAUAAAGAAUCAGCAGAUACACCAAAAAGAGAGGAAGAUGAAGAAGAAGCUAAUGAUGUACCAGAUCUAGUAGAAAAUUUUGAAGAAGUUUCCAAAGAAUAA